UUACAAGUUACAACCACGAACGAAUGAACAGUGCGAUCAUCUGUUUAGCGUGCGUGCGUUCUUGAUUUGAACCUCUUCGACUUUAGCACGGUUGUAAUGACGACUCUCGCACAAGUACUCAAGAGUGGUGUGGGGCCAAAACUUGUACCUUUCUUCAAGACGGUCGCUAUUUACUUUGUUGUGCUCAUCCCUCAUGAGCAGCACUUGGUGUUCAGGGCAAUCCUCAAGGCCCUCCCUGUGAUCUCACUCAUUGCCUUUGUUCUGCUUCAUGGCAUGAGUUUUGGUGAUGAGUACUUCUACUCGCGCCGCAUUCUCCUUGGUUUGAUAUGUUCAGUGGUUGGGGAUGUGCUGCUGGUGUGGGACCAUCUCUUCCUGCAUGGCCUUGGUGCAUUCCUUGUUGCUCAAAUAUUCUACAUUUCGGCAUUUGGCUUCAAGCCUCUCAACUUACCAGUUGCUGCAGUCUUGUACCCAGCUUUGGGUCUCAGUCUGUACAUAAUAGUGCCGGAAGCUGGAGGUGCUCUUAGUGUGGGCGUAUGCGUGUACAGUUUUGUACUGGCAACAAUGGUGUGGCGCUCUGUUGCUCGGGUCCAGCUAUUCGAAGAGCUCUGGACUUGGACAAAACUUUGCUCAUGUGCUGGAGGAAUCUUAUUUGCCUUCUCAGACACAUGCAUUGGAAUACAUCACUUCCACUCCCCUCUACCUUACUCAGAGGUCCUCAUCAUGGGCACUUACUACGCUGCUCAGUUGGGCAUUUCCCUCAGUGUUGUGGACUGCAAGGCCAGCUACCUUGACUCCCUCAAGAGAACUGCGGGCAUUGAUGCAUCGUCUGCUGUAUUUGAGCAGUCAGUUUCUGGGGAGAACUCGACAAAGAAGCGCAGUGCAAGGCGUGCUGCCGAGAUCAGUGUCAGCAAUGCUGGUAUUCAUUAUGAUUAACAUCGCAAUACCGGGUCCUCCUCUCACUUAAUGUUAUCUUCUGUUGCUGUUUAAAGCUUCAUAGACUUUAAUAUCGCCCUGUCAGAUGUCAUCGAUAUGUACAUAUGCAUCUUGUACACGUAUUAUGAUUGACAAAUCUAAUGUGCAGAAACCAAAACUACUUGCAGCAUCAAGCCAACUAUCCUGGUUUGAUGCUACUUCAUUAAAAAAUUCCAGCAUUCUUACAUUUUUUCAACAGUUUCCUCCAUGACUACAUAUUGCCUAGUCAAUAAAUUUUCUGAAAUAUUUAGACGUAUAUUAGGAGUGUUCAGUUUUUCUCUAGUUUCUAUGUCAAUUAAUUAACAAAUACUUCAGAUGCAUCAGUUAUAUUGGAGGUGACUAUCUGUUAGACGGUGUGCUGGUUGACUCCAUGUCACGUGGACGCUGACAAGCGAGGUCCUCUGUAACGUACAAGAAUGGAAACACAAUAAUGGCUUCCUAGUUUUGUGGCAAACCAACCGUGAAUUGGUAAUCAAGAUUUUCACAGCUUAAACGUAUAAAUAACCAUUCGAUUAUAAUUGAUCUAUUUCGUGCUGUUUUGUUAACAGUUCAAAUGUUAUUAGUCUUUCAUAAGAAGAAAGUAUUUGCUGUGUAGCCUGGCCAGACCAGCUAUAGAAUAAUUAAGGAUCCAACAGCAAUAGAAUGAUAGAGACUGCGGCAAGAAAUUACUUUAUAGGCAUAGCAAUUCCUUAAAGGUUCAAAUGGGUGGCAUUUAGCUAAAAUAUAGCCAUUAUUUUUUCAAAUUUGUUCCGAAUAACUAUUUUGAUGUUGAUUAUUAAGGAAAACCGUAUUCUUGGCCAAUAGUAUGAAUUUAUUUUCUCUGAAUUCAGACGUGAACAAAACAAGGCGAGUGUAUCAUCUUUAUAGCGAGCGUAGAAUGUAAAUGCCUUACAAGGAAUAUAUUUGCAAAUAAUUUCACGCGCUUCAUAUUAGGAAGCUAGAAUAAUUAAAAAUAAUCUAAGGGACGCGUGUACUUAUGGUUUAUGCAUGCAUUUCUCUCUGAAAUAUUGUAUUAUCUUUGAUGGGAAUUAGCAAUUAGAGACAAUAGUUUGAAGUAUAUGUUUUGCUCAGUACUUUUUGACGAGUAAGUUCUUGGCCCUCACUCCUGGGUCUUCUGUGCAAGGGUCUACAACCAAGUUAUUUAUUAUUUUAAGCAUUACUUUUAAAAAUUUAUC